GCGCUGUCAAUAAAGCUGGGCGGGCGCGGUGUCCCGGGUGUCCUUGUGUCAUGGUGGAAUACACGGAGAGUCCUCUGGUCAGCCGGCCCCCGGAGCUGGACCCGGCCCGGUACUAUGAGCUGAGCCCGGAGCAGCGGAGGCUGCAGGAGCGGAGGGAGGCGCUGAAGGCCCAAGUCAAGAGGGAAUACCUGCUGAAACUGAACGACCCGCACCGGAUCGGCAUGGUGGAGGACCCCGCUGUCACCCGCUGGAUGUUCGCCCGCAGCCACAACAUUUACCCCAAUUUCCGGCCGAUGCCCAAGAAUUCUCUGCUCGGGAUCUUGUGGACGGUCGGGCCCUUCCUGCUCUUCUAUAAGAUGAUCAUGUCUGACCGGGAACGAAAGGAAAAACUCAUCAAAGAGGGAAAAUAUGAGCGGCCGUUCCACCUGAACAACUGAGGGCCACGUCUGAGCCACGUCCAAGGGCCACGCUGCACCUGUCUGUAAUAUAUUGUAAUAAAGUAUUGUUCACUCUCA